AUGUCAGAACACUGGAAAUCGACACCGCGCUACUGGUGCAAGCACUGCGCGUGCUACGUGCGCGACACCAAGCUCGAGCGACAGAAUCACGAGGCGACAGGACGGCAUCAGGGCAACUUAAAACGGUUCCUGCGCGAACUCCACCGCGGACAUGAACGAGAGGAGCGCGAAAAGGAAAGGGCGCGACAAGAGAUUGAGCGAGUCAAUGGCAUCGUGUCUGGGUCCGGAUCUGGAUCUGGAGCCGGGCCAUCGUCGAAAACAUCGUUCUCCUUCUCUACGAAAUCAUCACCAUCAGGCACGGGCGCAGGCGCGGGCGCCCCCCGAGCGGACGAUGCGCAGCUCAGGAAGCAACGAGAGCAGCUUGCAGAGAUGGGCGUCGCCAUGCCUAGUGAGCUACGGCCGGAGAUGGCGUUGGUGGGAGAGUGGCAGGUGAUGAGUACCAGGGUCAUCAGGGACGACGACAGGGACAACAAAGAAAAGUUGGCGACGGGGGUGAGGAAGCGCGAGGCGACGGAGGAUCAAAAGGAGGAGGAGGAUGCUGUCAGAUCGCUGUUCAAGAAACCCAGGAGAUGGGGGAGGGAUUCAAAAAGUGUGCCGCAGGACGAGGAUGCCGAGCUGGAUGCUCUCCUGAACGGAUCCGUCUUCACAAAGAGCGACGGGGCUGACAGUGCUGGCGAGGUGAAGAGGGAAGAAGGGAAGAAAGAAGAGGAGGACAAGGUACCGGCUAUCAAGGAGGAAGUCGACGACGAGAACAUCCAAUUACCAGUAUCAGAGGCUGCGAAAGCAGAAGAUGCGGCAACAAGUGGUGGUAAGGUCAAGCCGGAAGAAUCGGCACCGGCUGCCAAAAAAGAAGUCGACGACGAGAGCAUCUUGGCAACAGAAGCCGUCAAGGCAGAAGUACCAGUCAUAAACGGCCACUUUAAGUCCGAAGAAUCGGCACCGGCAUCGGCAACACCAUCGGCGCCACCUCUUAUUGCCUUUAAAAAGCGAAAAGCGAAGGGAACUAUGCGGCAGAAAUAA